AUGGAUGAUCACGUAGCAGAGGUUAUUUUAAUGAAUUCAAAUGGGAAUCUAUCUUGGUCAAAAAAAGAAUAUGUAACUGGAUAUCUUCCAACUUCAGCAGUUGUUAAUGAUUUUAAUAAUGAUAAUAAAGAUGAUUUUGCUGUAAUUAACUCUUUUAUUAAUAGUGUAAGUGUUUAUUUAGGAAUGGAAAAUGGAAGUUUUAUUUUUACUAAUUCUUUUGUAACAAUGCUUGAUCCAUUAGUAAUAGCUGCAGGUGAUUUUAAUGGUGAUAAUAUAAUCGAUAUUGUUACAGUUAAUUGUAAUAGUUAUUCUUUCAGUUUAUUAUUUGGAUAUGGAAAUGGAUAUUUUCAAGAACAAAAGAAUUAUUCAACUCAUAUAUGUUCUUAUUCUGUAGCUGUUGCUGAUUUAAAUGGAGAUACUUAUCUAGAUUUAGUUUUUGAUAAUUAUCAUAACUCAAGUGUUAUGAUUUAUCUCGGUUAUGGUGAUGGAAAUUUUCGACCACCCAUUCGUGUAUUUACACCGAUAAAUGCAAUUUUUGUUACUGUGAAUGAUUUUAAUCAUGAUGGUCGUUUGGAUUUAGCUAUUUCACAUUAUAAUGGAUAUUUAAGUGUUCUUUUAAGUACAUGUUAA